UAUGUAAAUGUGGCGUAUGGGACUAUUGGUCACAGGCUAUCUCAUACCAAAAGGUUGGAAAGUCAUGGUCAGUUCAAGGGCAGUACAUAUGGAUCCAGAAAAUUAUUUGGACCCAAAGAAAUUUGACCCAUCUAGAUGGGAAAACAUUAAAGCAAAAGCAGGAGCUUUCCUACCAUUUGGAGCUGGAAGCCGGUUCUGCCCGGGAAGUGAUUUGGCCAAGCUCGAAAUCUCCAUCUUUCUCCACCAGUUCCUGCUUCACUACAAGCUGGAGAGAGUAAAUCCGAAAAGCCCAGUGUCACAUCUACCACUGCCACAUCCUUCGGACAAUUGCCUUGUCAGAUUCGAAAAACUCCAUUAGAUACCUGAACAAGUUCAAGGACAUCUCAGCAUUCAGCAUCCUUCUGUUCCCCGCAUCUGUCAGACCUUAAAUAAGCUGAUGAA